AGUAUUUUUUUCUCUCUUUUUUUUCUUUUUCUUUUCCUUUUCCUUUUCAUUACUAGUGUAUUCUUUUAAAAAAAAUAAAGAAAAUGAAUUUCUCUGGUUUCUUCUCCUUCAAUUUCUUCUGCGAAAUUUAAGCCAUACUCCAUUAGCAUUUAACCCCUCUCUCUCUCCCUCUUCUACAAGUGUCUUUCUUUCUCUCUCUCUCCUCACUUUCUCCCCCUCUCUUCACUUUCUCUCUCAUCUCCUCUUCUUCUUUACGAAGAAAUCGCUGGUACAUUGUUCAUGAUCCGAAUAAUCACAUUUAUUAUUUUCCUCUGAAAUUUUCCCUUUUCUGGGCUUUAAUUCGCAAAUUGUGAGAAUUCUUGGUGUCUCGCAUGGGACAGAGUAGAAGUAAAUGGAAACGGAACUUGAUAAGUGGGUUAUUUGCUUUUCUGUAAAGUAAACCAAUUUCGUGUUUAAGCGACUUUGUUUUCCUGCUGGUGGGUUUUAGAUGGUACCAGUUGAGUGAGGCAGCUCGUAGCGGCUGAAUCUAAGCAUGUUGAUAGAAUUUCCGUUGGAUUUUGUAAAUCUUUAUGAUGAGAAGCAGGUCUUCGACAAAAUUUUUCAUAGUGUGGUACAAUUGAACACUAGCCUUCAUAUACAAGCAAUUGACACAGACUUUGUUCCCAAAGAAAGCUAUGCCUGGAGGUUGUUAGAGGUCCAUUGACAGUUUUGUUUCGGGCGUGAUCCAAUUUUUUAAUAAUGGACAGAUAUAAACUUUUGAAAGAGCUUGGAGAUGGAACUUGUGGAACUGUAUAUAAGGCUGUCAAUAGAGAGAGUUAUGAGAUUGUUGCUGUCAAGAAAAUGAAGCGGAAGUACUAUUUUUGGGAAGAAUGUGUAAAUUUGAGGGAAGUGAAGUCUCUCCGUAGAAUGAGUCAUCCCAACAUCAUAAAGCUGAAAGAAGUAGUACGAGAAAAUAAUGAGCUGUUUUUUAUAUUUGAAUACAUGGAAUACAACCUUUAUCAAUUAAUGAAGGAGCGGCAUAGACCAUUUUCGGAACAGGAGAUAAGAAACCUUUUGACUCAGGUUCUUCAAGGACUGACACAUAUGCAUAGGAAUGGAUACUUUCAUCGGGAUCUAAAACCUGAGAAUCUUCUUGUUACAAAUGAUGUGAUCAAAAUUGCGGAUUUUGGACUCGCCAGAGAACUUUCAUCAAUGCCUCCUUAUACUGAUUAUGUUUCAACGCGCUGGUAUCGGGCCCCAGAAGUUCUGUUAAAGUCUUCAACCUAUACUCCUGCUAUUGAUAUGUGGGCUGUUGGUGCAGUGCUUGCCGAACUCUUCAACCUGUGUCCAAUCUUCCCUGGAGAAAGUGAAACAGACCAGCUGUACAAAAUAUGCUGUAUACUUGGUGCUCCAGAUUGGACUGUGUUUCCCGAAGCAAAGAACAUUACGCAAUUAAUCAAUAUUAGUUAUUCAGAGAUUUUGCCUGCGAAUCUGUCCGAAAUCAUACCAAAUGCUAGCUGGGAAGCUGUUGAUCUUAUUAGACAACUGUGUUCUUGGGAUCCACUUAAGAGGCCAACAGCAGAACAGGCUUUGCAACACCCAUUCUUCCAUGUUGCUUUGUCGGUGCCUCGUCCAAUUCACGACCCCUUUCAGAACAAGCCAGAGUAUACAAAAUCAAAGCCAAAUCUUGAACUAAACCUAUGGGACUUCGACAGCAAACCAGAUGAUUGUUUCCUCGGGUUGACAUUGGCUGUGAACCCUGGUGUUUCUGAUUUAGAGAUGGGACCUAGUGUACCUGGAAGCGCACGGCAGGAUAUAUAUUUUUGUUCCAGUUUCCAGGAUCAUCCACAGCAGUCAGUUUUCUGGUCACUUUUUUCACCUUGCCGAAAUGGCGUGCCUCAUCCAGUUGAUCCCUCAUUGUCACUUUCAUUCAGCAGUUCAAUUACACAACAACCUCCAAUAGCAGUUCCUCAUUCAGGAGGCUUCGGCCUUGCAGCUUUGCAGCCAGGUAUUUUAGAUGGCCCAUUGUUGACUGUUUCCUCCCCUCUUCAGCCAAGUCAUUACCUCUGAAGUAACUCAAUCUUUAACUUGUUUACUUCUUUUUCUUUUUGAACAAUCUGGAGGGAGCACAGAGAUGUAAUUAUUUUUAUUUAUUUUCCUAAUUUCUUCUCCAAAACACAAACAAAUAUUGUGGUACGGAGGGAGGGAUCACAGUGAUUUGUGAAUAUGUUAAAGCACUUAACACAAGAAUCAAGAAUCAAGAAUAUGCAUUCCUUUCUAACUUAUUCAA